AUGAAUCAAGUGGUGGUGAUGCCAUACCCCGGCAGAGGCCAUAUAAACCCUCUCUUGAACCUUUGCCACCUCUUCUCUUCUCGUUUCCACCAUCCAAAUCUCACCACCGUCUUCACCGUCGUCGUCACCGAGGAGUGGCUCAAGCUCAUUGGUUCAGAUCCGAAGCCAAAAAACGUCCGAUUCGUCACCAUUCCCAAUGUUAUGCCAUCGGAGCUCAACCGUGGCUCCGACGCUAUAGGCUUCUUCACUGCCGCUCAGAAUAAAUUGGAAACUCCGUUUGAUCGGCUGCUUGACCGCUUGGAUUUGCCGGUGAAUCUCAUCAUCGCUGAUGUUACGCUGCGAUGGUCGUUGGACGUUGCUAAUCGGAGGAAUAUUCCGGUUGCUGCUUAUUGGCCGAUGUCGGCUUCAAAUUUUACCUUGUGGUAUCAUAUGGAUCUCCUUGAGGAACACCAGCACGUCUAUGCCGAUCUCUCAGGAAGAGGAGAAGAGUAUGUCGAUUACAUACCCGGCUUACAACCGAUUAAGGUGACGGAUUUUCCGGUGGUCGAUCGGAGAUUCCAUGGCAUCAUACCCGAUCUUGUUUCUAUAAACAAAAAAGCACAAUUUCUACUACUAGCAACCGUGUAUGAACUAGAACCCGAAGCCAUUGAUGCUAUCAAACACAAAUUUCAAAUACCCGUUCACGCCUUUGGACCCAACAUACCCAACUUACGGCUCCAACCCGCUUUUCCGUCAAACGAGCACAGUUACUUCUCGUGGCUAGACUCCAAGCCUGCAGGAUCGGUACUUUAUAUCGCAUUAGGAAGUUAUCUCUCGGUUUCGAGUGCUGAAAUGGACGAAAUCCUUGCCGGAUUGAAGCAAAGUGGGGUGAACUUCUUGUUGAUUGCAAGAGGAGAUGCGUUUUCACGGUUGAGUCGAGAUUGUGGGAGCAACGGUCUGGUGACGGAAUGGUGCGACCAGUUGCGGGUGUUGUUACACUCUUCGAUUGGAGGGUUUUUGAGUCAUUGCGGGUGGAAUUCGAUCAAGGAAAGUGUGUUUUCGGGUGUGCCGAUUUUGACGUUUCCUAUAACGGGCGAGCAAGAUAUUAACAGUGAAGUGAUUGUUGGAGAUUGGAAGAUCGGUCGGAAGGUGAAGACGGGGAGUAAUGUGGUGGCGAGGGCGGAGAUCGCGGCGGUGGUACGGCGGUUUAUGGAUCGUGAAAGUGAUGAAAGUAAAGAAAUGAUGGAAAGGGUGAAGAAAGUUAAGGGUGUUUGCAGAGUGAGUGUGAGUGAAGGGGGGUCAGCUACAAGAGAGAUUGAUUCUUUCAUUAGGGACCAGUUGGGUUUGAGCGAUAGCAAAGUUGGUAAAGCGGUGGAGUGAUCGACUGUUUUCAAAUACAUAUUCAAGUUUGAAUUUCGUAGGAGAACCCCUCCACCAGUAUCAGUCUUAGAUGUCGUUUGUUUUUUAAGAGAUGUUGAAGUCUGAAGUCAUGAUUUCAUUUCUAAUUUAUAAGUGGUGGUCCUUAGAUCU